UUGGUAGAUAAAAAUAGUUUGCAAAAACCAAAUAGGCAUAACAAAAGACAUAUGAGGGAAUGUUUUUGAGUGAUCAAUAAGAAAAUGUGGUGUAACCUCAACCAGCCAACCAACCUAAGUGAAUUAUAAAUACUUGCACCCUGAGAGUUAUUAUAACAAUCACAAUCCAAAAUCUCUUGAAUUAAUCACCAAUUCUAGCAAAAAAAAGUUUAACCAUGGUGAUGAUCACUCAAUACCAAACCUUCCUUUACAAAGAACUUUCUAUCUCCUUUUUCAUUUUCUUGAUAACCCAUUUCAUCAUAAGUUUUCUCUUCAAAAAAAAUCUCAAAAAACUUCCACCCGGCCCAAAGGGUUAUCCAAUUCUAGGUGCACUCCCACUAAUGGGAACCAUGCCUCAUCUUACCCUAUUCAAAAUGUCACAAAAAUAUGGUCCUAUAAUGUACCUAAAAAUGGGAUCAAAUAACAUGGUUGUAGCAUCAACUCCUUCUUCAGCCAAAGCAUUUCUCAAAACACUUGACAAAAAUUUCUCCAAUAGGCCGACGAACGCUGGCGCGACUCACCUAGCUUAUGAUUCACAAGACAUGGUUUUCGCCGACUAUGGAUCUAGAUGGAAAUUACUUAGAAAACUAAGUAACUUACACAUGCUCAGUGGAAAGGCCCUCGAAGAUUGGUCGAAAAUUCGAGAGGAUGAAAUGGGUCACAUGAUUCGUACAAUGUACGAUUGUAGCAAGAAAGACGAAUCCAUUGUUGUGGCCGAAAUGUUGACAUAUGCUAUGACCAAUAUGAUAGGUCAAGUUAUAUUGAGUCGUCGCGUGUUCGAGACAAAAGGUUGUGAAUCAAAUGAAUUUAAGGAUAUGGUUGUUGAGCUCAUGACAACUGCUGGAUAUUUUAACAUUGGUGAUUUUAUACCAAUUCUUGCUUGGUUGGAUCUUCAAGGAAUUGAACGAGGGAUGAAAAGUUUACAUAAAAAGUUUGAUGUUUUGUUGACAAAGAUGAUUGAAGAGCAUGUGGCUUCUAGUCAUAAAACUCCUAGGGUUAAUCCUGAUUUCUUAGACAUUCUCAUUGCUCAUAGUAAGGAAGAUUCUGAUGGGGAGAAAUUAACACUCACUAACAUCAAGGCAUUACUCUUGAAUCUAUUUACCGCAGGAACAGAUACAUCUUCAAGUAUCAUAGAAUGGUCCCUAGCAGAAAUGUUGAAGAAUCCCAAAAUAAUGAAAAGAGCUCAAGAAGAAAUGGACCAAGUAAUAGGCAAAGAUUGUCGCCUACAAGAAUCAGACAUUCAAAAACUUCCUUAUUUACAAGCAAUUUGCAAAGAAACAUUUAGAAAACAUCCAUCAACACCACUAAACUUGCCAAGAGUUUCCUUACAACCAUGUGAAGUAAAUGGAUAUUACAUACCCAAAAACACUAGGCUAAGUGUGAACAUUUGGGCCAUAGGAAGAGACCCAAAUGUGUGGGAGAAUCCUUUGGAAUUUAAUCCUGAAAGAUUUCUGAGUGGUAAAAAUGUUAAAAUUGAUCCGUGCGGAAACGAUUUUGAGUUGAUUCCAUUUGGUGCGGGGAGAAGAAUUUGUGCCGGGACAAGAAUGGCAAUUGUGCUUGUUCAAUAUAUUUUGGGAACUUUGGUGCAUUCAUUUGAUUGGAAGUUACCAAAUGGUGUAGUGGAUUUGAACAUGGAUGAGUCAUUUGGGCUUGCGUUGCAGAAAAAGGUUCCUCUUGCUGCUUUUGUUAGCCCAAGAUUGUCUCCAUCUACUUAUAUUUCUUGAGAUAUUCUUUACCCGUCCGUCCUACCCGUUUCUCGCAUGCCCCGCACGUUUUGAUUUUUACUUUUUUGCUACUUAAGUAGCAGACAUUAUGAAAAUGAAAAAAAUUUAAAACAUGUCUCCCGCUACUUAAAUAGCGGACGAUAUAAAAAACAAAUCUGGUAGGAUGUUUUUGGGUGUAUCCGCUACCUAAGUAGCGGACAAGUGUAUUUUUUAAAAUUCGUAUAGCGUGCGAGAAAAUAAUAAGAUGAAGAAAAAACAACUCAUAUUUUAUUGGGCUCAACAAUAGCUACAUUCAAGUCUACUAUGUGUGUGUUUUUGUUUUAUAUAUUUUUUUAAUAAAGUAUGUGCGUUUUAAGUCACUAGGUUUAGUCUAGUGGUGAGUGAUUUGAGUAGUAUGCUAUAGGUCCUGGGUUCAAUUCACAGCUCAUUGUAAACAAAAAAAAAGUAUGUGUGUGUGUUUAUUCUAAAUAAAUAUCUCAUUUAUUAAGGGUGUUUUAUUUGCAUAAUAUAUUGUACUAUCUCCGUCCAUAAUUAUAAGGUCCUGUUUGACAAAAAUAUAUUAUUCAUUUAUCUUUUUUUUUUGACUGUAUUUUUUUAAUAAUAUAUAAAUGUAAAUAUUAGCAUAU